AUGGAAGAAGUUGAUAGAAUUUUAAUACAAAGUUUACGUGAUAUUGGAUGUCAAGUAGAAGAUUCACUUCAAAAUGUUAGUGAAUUUGAUGUGAAUACUCUUUUUGGUUGUGUUUCACAAUGUCUUCAAUUGAUUACGGGCAAUAAAGAUUUACCGACACGUUUACCACCAAAUAUUUCAACACGAUUUAAAGUUUGUGGUGAAUUAGCACAACUUUGUCAGUCUAAUGGUUAUAAAGGUGAUAUUGGUUAUCAAACAUUUUUGAGUAUAAAUGAAAAUGAAACAAGAAAAUUACUUAAUUUUCUUAUUGAAAAAGUACCAAGAGAAGCUGUGGUCACUGUUGCAUCGACAACACUUGAUCCCUGGGAUGCUCUUGAUCGAAUUCUAUCACAUAAAAUCACAACACAAUUGACUGAAUCAACAUGGAUAUCACACGAUCUUGUUAUUGAUCUUUGUUUGGCUGAUUCAUUAAUGUAUGAAAAUCAAGUAUCUUGUUGGAUAGAAAAACAACGCGAGUCGAGUUAUUUGAUUCCAGGUCAAUUGAUCACACAUAAGUUUUCUAAAGAAUUAAGUCAACAAAUUCAUGAAGGUGAUACAAUCGGUGCGAAAUAUGAAUAUAUAAAUCGUGGUGAUAUGAAAAAGAAAAGUGAUGAUUCAUUAUUAACGCGAUCCAGAUUUAUGCAUACGAAUAUUCAUGAACAACAAUCAAAUGGUUUCGAUGACAAUUUAAAACGAAAUAUUGACCAUACAGAAGAAUUAGAAACAUUAAAAGCUUCCAUUAAUGAAAAUGAAGAACUUAUUCGUCAACUUGAAUUACAAUUACAAAAAUUAGAAGAAAGUAUUAAAAAGUAUGAAAGAUUUUCCGAUGAAACAAAAACAGAAAUUGAUAAUAUAAAUAAAGAUAUGACAGUGAAGAAACAAGCAGCUGCUUAUUUAUUAUCAGUUGAUCCGGAAACGGAACGUUUACAGAAUGCUAUUGAUAAAUUAAAAAAUAAAUUAAUUACACUUGAAACUCAAUGGACUGAUGUUCGUUCAAGUCUUAUUGAACAACGUGAUAAUCUUCUUCAAGCACUUAAUGAUCGUUUAACAAAAUAUAAUGAUAAACUAUCAGAAAUUAAUGAUAUGAAAGCUAAAGGACGUUUAUUACUAAGUGAUAUAAAAGAAAAAGAUGAACACUUAGUUCGUCUUCAACAUGAUUAUGAAACACAUCAAGCAUCAAUAUCUAAAAAUGAUCAUUCAAGAUCAUUUUUUACAAAACAAAUACUUGAAAUUGUUACUAAUACAAAUAAACAAAAAGAAGAAAUAAAUAAAACUAUUAUUGAAACACGUGUUUUACAAAAAAAUUUAAACCGACUUACAGAAAAACUUGAACGAACAUUUCAAGUAACUGAUAGUCAACUAUUUAAAGAUGCUAAAACAGAUGAAUGCGCUCGACGUUCAUAUAAAAUGUUAGUUGCUUUUCAUUCUGAUUGUGAUGCUAUUUAUAAAAUUGUCGAAGAGAUUGGCGUUAUUAUACGAGAAAUUCGAGAAUUAGAAGAUCAAAUUGAAGUCGAAUCACAAAAAAAUAUGACUACAAAUUUAGAAACAUUAAUUGGUGAAUACAAAAAAAUUCGUGAUGAAAAUACAGCAUUAAAAGGUGGAAAAAAUAAAUGA